AACUUUUAGUUUCUUAUUGCAAGUGGGACACAUAUGGUUUUCCUUUAGAUUUAACUCAGUUGAUGGCAGAGGAAAGAGGUUUGAUAGUAGAUGUUGAGGGUUUCAAUAAUGCCAUGGAUGAGGCCAGGGAAAAGUCAAGGAGUGCAAGAAAUAAGAAGCUAUUGUCAUGGAUGCUGAUGCUACCUCUGCACUGCACAAGAAGGGGGUGUCUACAACAGAUGAUUCCUUCAAAUUCGUUUGGUUCAAGGUCUGCAUGCAUCUUUAGAUGGCACUUCAGUAGAUGUCUUUUAGUCUGGGUUAUUAUUUUGGUUAGAGAAAAUAUUGAAGGUUCAAUGAGUCGUUGGCUACUAAGAGAGAUUUCUGUUUCAGCUGCAUCAUGAUGGGGACCAGAUUUUCUCUCUAUUUUUUAACAUCUAUAAGAUGAUAGUGAAAAUUUUAGUGAAGCUUGGGAAGGGUGUUGAUAAAUUUAUAUUCUCUUUUAAAAUCUCUGUUUCUUGGUUGUUUAACUUUCGUCUCUGUCUUAAAACCAUUCCUUUCUCCUGUUUAGUAACUGAUAAUAUUAGAGGUAAAUAAUUAUCUAUUGCC